CACGGUGUUUAUGUCGAGUCUCGUGCUGCAGUAGUUCUCCCACCAGAUGCUAAGAUCUAGAGGAAGAGAGAAAUUUCUGUAGUUUAUUGAAUGUCAUGCCGGUUUUGUUUUAAGAAAUUGUGCUUUUCCUCUAGCUGGAAAUGCUGAUAAUGACGUAAAGGCCGGGACUUUUUGUCUGAUCAUGUUGUGCUUCUGCGAAAAACACGUGGCUCCUGUUGCAACUGCUAGGUGUCCGGCUAGGUGUUGACUUCUCUGUAUCAAGGGCUCACAAUCCACUCACGCGAUCAACAAUUCAAUAUUUUGAAGAGCGUGUUUAUUUACACCAUCCGAUCAGUCACUGUGAGCCUACCUGCGUCAAAGUUCAUUGAGUGGAUCAGACACACUGAGACGCCGCUACUUGGUGAAGGCAGUUUGACACAUGGCUACAAAGCUGAAAAUGUGUGUUCUUAAUUCUAAGAAGAAGCGUCAUUUCAAUGACUAUUUUGAUCUCGGCCUAACGUAUAUUAGGCCCAACAUUGUUGCUAUGGGCUUUCCUUCAGGUGUACUCAAAGGCUUCCACUACAGAAAUCACAUUGAUGAUGUUGCUCGAUAUUUCGACAGUCGACAUCUCGGCCGAUACAAAAUUUACAACCUCUGUGCCGAGAGAAAGUACGAUCCAUCGUUGUUCCAUCAUCGUGUUGUCGAGUACGGAUUUGAAGACCACAACGCUCCACCAUUCGAGUUGAUGCGGCCGUUUUGCGACGAUGUGAAUGAAUAUUUGCGUGAGAAUGAGCAAAAUGUAGCAGUAAUUCACUGCAAUACCGGAAAGGGUCGGACUGGUGUAAUGAUAUGUGCUUACAUGCUUCACAUUGGUCUUUUUGAUACUACUAGAGAAACACUGGAUUUCUAUGGAGAUUGUUGCACAUUAAUAAACAAGAAAGGUGUCACUAUUCCCAGUCAACGAAGAUAUGUUUACUACUAUGGUCACUACGUAAAGGGAGGAAUGCAAUAUCGACAAACCACUCUUCUUCUUCGUGGAUUCAAGAUGCAUUAUCCUCCCAGUUUUAGUCGUGGCUCGUGCCAACCGUUUUUCAUUAUCCGGCAGGGCUUGGAUAAAGUCAAGCUCUUUACAUCAAGGAUUUAUCAAUCACCUUCCUCGUCUGCUCCAGAUGCACACAUUAUCAACAUGAUGCUUCCAGCUCCUGUCCCGAUAUGUGGUGAUAUCGAGGUUGAGUUUUAUCACAUCCUGCCUUGGUUUACGAAAGAGAAGCUGUUUCAGUUUUGGAUCAACACGUUCUUUGUUCAUGCAAAAGUGAGGGAAGACGACGACGUCGACGAAUCGUUUCCAAGAACGACUUCGGAAGGAACUCUAGGAUCUACGUCGACAGAGCAGGAGUUUAUAUUAUCUUUUGAUAGGUUAGGUCUAGACAAGGCAAACAAGGACAAGAAACAUUACUCUGAUAAAUUUCGAUUGGAGUUGUUUUGGAGUCCCACUGAGGCCGAUGAGGCGGAUGGCAUUGGCAGGGAGCUUAGUGUAGACUCAUUAGUAGAUGAUGCCCCAUCUGCACUGAACGAUGACAAGGAGGACUUGUAUAAUUACUUUGAUACAGACCCGGAGGACGAAUGGAAAGACUGUCCAACGACGCCUGUAUGAUUGAUUGACUUUGGAGGGAGGGCUUGUACCAUUGGGUUAUGUGCACAGUAUGGGUACUGACUGGCUUUUAUGUAUCGAUUGAAUUGGUUAUGUGGACACUUGGCUUGGUGGUAGACGGUUUUUAUCAUGGUGAUUCAUGUUGUGUGUGCGUGUGUUAUGUGGGCAUGUGAGCUAGUUGGAUAGAUACCGUGUCUUGUGCUGUGAUUUGCUACUGAUUGUAGGUUUCAGUGUAUUCCAGUUUCUUUCUCGGUGUGACGUUUAGCCUCAAUGACAGUAUUAUUAUGGCUGUUUAUCAGAACAUUC